GCAGUUUUAAUUUUUUGAUGAUUCAAAUAGUUUAUUAAGCUGAUGUGCUUCAUCUUUUGGUUCCUUGACAAGAAAAUUGACUGCAGCUGCUUCCUUCACUCAACAUUUUGUCGACUCAUUCAACUGUUUGAAUUUCUAAAUUACUGAAUCAACAAUACUGUUGAAGGGAAUUCAACAGAAAUUAAAUCAAUGAAUUCAAUUAGAUGCUUGUAAAUGUUCAAGUAAAGAAUGAAAUAAGAACAAAAGUGAUUCCUUUAUUAUGCAAAUCCUAAGCAACUUAGUGAUUGGGCGAUGAGUUUCAG